AUGUUAGUGAAAAAUGAAAAUAUACAAGAACAAACGAAAAGGUUACGUUUCAAGACAAAUGUUCAGCAUACUUCUGGUGAUAUCAAUAUAGAUUCAAAACAAGGAAAGGAGUCACGACAAAAGGAUUUUUCAGACAAGUCUGCUUCACUGUUCGCAUUUUUGCACGUCGAAUUGACUCGAGGAUAUUUAUUGGAACAUGAUGAGGAAAGAUUUUCGGCAAGAAGGGAGAAAGUGUACUCUUUCAUAAAAAUUCCUCAAGAGUUGGAAAAAUUUAUGGCUUAUGGCUUUUUUCAAUAUUAUUUCGAAGAUGUUUUGGGUUCUGUAUACAUCCACAUAAGAGUAUUU